CUGAGUCACACUUUGCCUUAUUAUAAUUAGUUCAAUACAGAGUGAAUAUCCAAAAUUAGCUUAGCUACGUGAAUAAAAAAGUUCGUCGUUGAAAGGUCUAAAGUUCAAGUUUAAAGAUAAUUUUUGCAAUUUUAUAGAUCAAUUACAAAUUAAACACCUCUUUCUUCACCAGUAUUUGAGCACAAACAUUAUAAUGUAGUUUGAUGUCGCAAUUAGCUCUCAUUAUUCUGGUACUAUUAUAUAGAUAAUAUAACAAAAGAUAGCUACUGACCAUUGAUGAUAACUGAAAAUCAAGAUAUCGAAUAAAACGAGAAUUUUUUAAUUAAGCAGACAACAACAAAACAAACAUGGAUAUUUUAGUGAAAAUCAAUAACCAAACAAAUGGCAGGGACAAAGAAGCAAGGCUAUUACAAUACUUAAGCAGAUUGCUUUGGUACAGGUUCCAACAAAGUAAUAUUAAAGGAGUACAAGGACUGAAGAAUAUUGAAUAUCAGCUAAGCACCUUUCGAAAAUUCCUACGGUUUGGAAGAUUUGUGGAAAGUUUAUAUGCUACACUGCCUUUAUUCCAUGAAGAAAAUGCUGUACUAAGAUACACAAUUAUUUUGAGCAAGAUAGCCAACUCGCUUUUCUUGCUAGCAGAUCAUUUACUACUCCUUGGAAGAGCUGAUUUUUGUCCAACAGACACACAGAAGUGGUCAAGAAUAUCAAAUAAGUAUUGGUUGUACUCAAUCACAAUGAACUUAAUGAGAGACUUUUACGAGAUAUAUAAUAUACUGAAUUCUGAAAAGAGAAUAAUCAUGCCAAAGAAUGGUCUUAGAAAUCUUGAAGACUUUAAAACAUUGUUUCUGAGAAGCUUUAUGGUGUUGGUGAACCAUCAAGAUAUUUUGAUUGAUACAGUCAAGAAUUGCUGUGAUUUUUUCAUUCCGUAUACAGCAUUAGGACAUGCAAAUUUAUCACCUGGUACUGUUGGCCUACUGGGAUCCAUAUCUUCUCUUAUGGGGCUUUUAGUUUUAAUAAAUCCAGAAAAUAAAUUGAUACCCCAGUAGAAGUAAAGUAUACUUCUAUAAUAGUUGUUAACUUAGUCUGUAAGAAGAAUUAGCAAGUAUUUUAAAUUAAGUUAUUUAAAUAUUGAAGGCCAGGUCUAUUUUUAUAAUAAAGUAUUUCUUUAUAAUCAUGAGAAAAUGUAUGCUGUAUGUUGAGCACAGACCCUGAAGGGGGAUGUUAAGUGCAUUCAGCUAAUUCAGUGGUACCCUGCUCUUAUGCUGGAUAGCAGUAGCCAUGGGAUAGCUUUGCUAGCUUAGCAGCAGUUCCCACUUGGCAAUUAGAAUAGAUAGUUUGUUGGUCAAAUGUUGCGAAGUGUCAAAGAGAUUCUCCAGCUAUUGCUAUUCAGCACAAAAACGCUUCACUGACCAGUGCUCUAAGACAGCUGUAUGCACUCAAAACACAUAAGACCACAAAUUACAGAAUAAUUUAUUUUGAUAAUUUGUGCAUAAGACUGAAGAAGUGGGAGCUGCACAUAAAACAAUGGCAACACAGUUGACGUUUUGUCAGAUGGUUGUGCUACCUACUUGCCUGGAGAUCUGGAGGAACUAUCGAAGGAAUGUUGAGAAUGUGCUUCUAAUAAGGAGUGUGCAUUCCCUAGUUAUAAUCAUAACUGUUGUUGGGGACACUUUGAAUCUAGUUCUUGUGCUUAACAAAGUAUCUUGUGUUGCACUAUACCACAAGAAUAUUAAAAUAUGUCCAUAUAUAAACUCACUGGAUAUUGUCCACCUGUAUACGGUUUUGCUAAUAUCUUUUUUCAUCGAUUUUUCCUAUCAUUUCUGCUAAAUCGGUAAAUGUUUUCUUUGACAUGCAGAAAAGCUUAGAGAAUUGAAAGUUAUCAUAACUACAAAGCCAUGGUUCCAUCAUUAAAAAUUAUUUUCUCCCAUUAAUAUUAUGAAAGGUUUCCUUUUCAAACUUUCCAUUCACUUUUGUAGACGAAAAAGCACCGAUUCGAGUAACUGACGUCAUGAACCUUAAACCAUAUUAUAACCGCGGUACAUAACAGAAAUUUUGGUUAUUCGCUUCGAUUUGGUUUAUGCCAAUUUGAGUCGUUUUUACUUGUACUGUUUUGAUAAAAAAAAUUAUAAUUCAGCAUAACCACCAAUAGUAUGUGUAGACUAAGCUCCAAGUAGAAUUUUUUAUACUGGUUUAUGCUUAAUUGAAAUGAUUCGAAAAGUUACUUGCCAUUCCGAAUUUCAUCAAGCCCAUACACAGAUCAUCUUUCUGACUAAAAGACAUGUUUUUUAAGCAUUUCCAUUAAAAACUAAGUAUUUAUUUGUCAUAUGAACCAUAUGACACUAUCCUAUAAUAACCCAUUUCGAUAAGAAUAAAUUUUGAAGAUUCGAUGUUUGCAUUAAACACGACAGAUUUGAAUAAACAAGAUUCGGUUCCAAUGAACUUAUACGUUAUACUCAUACUUCUCAUAGUAAUCAAAGUAACGAAUACAAUAAAUGAUUACUUUGUAUGGAAGAGUAACGAGUUCUCGAAAGUAACGAGAAUCGACACCACUAAUAAGGAGUCGAUUCGAUUGAAGGAAAGUUCGGCAGUAUUAUGAGUCAGAAAAGUGAAAACAGGGUAACAGCACCACUCACGACCACAAUAAUAAAACAUAACAUAAAAAUUAUGUCAACUUGAUUCGUGUUUACUUGUCCCACAUUUUACUAAACAUUUAUAAUUCAGUAUUACCUCCAACCAAUAGUAUGGGUAAACUAAGUUCCAUGUAGACUUUUUUAUACUGGUACAUGCUUAAAUGAAAUUCUUCGAAAAGUUACUUGCCAUUCCGAAUAUCCUUAAGCCCAUAUACAGAUCCUCUUUCUAACGGAAAGACAUGAUUUUUAAGCAUUUCCAUUAAAUACUAAGUAUUUUCAGUUUUUAGGCAUAUAAUGAGUCCUAUGACACCCUAUCCUAUAAUAACCUAUCUCGUUUUGCAUAAGUUUGAAGAUACGAUGUUUGCAUUAAACACGACAGAUUUGAAUAAGGUAUGUUUGAAAAAUCUUAAGGUUGUCUGUUUUCUUGCAUUGAAGUUGUUCAAAUUCGACAUUAAUUACACGACGCACGUUGCCAAAUCGUAAUACUCAGACUACUAGAAAUCGAAGUAACGUAUACAAAUAAAUGAUUACAAUUGCAGAAGAGUCACGAUUAAUAACGAAUAGUCGAAAGUAACGAAAAUCAACAACACUAAUGUGAUGUCUAUUCUUCAGUGUGAAUGAUAUGUUCCAAUUUCCCGACGCGGUUCCCAAAAUGCCGAAUCAGCAAUCGGGACCAGCUCUCUCCCUGCGCUUCUGUCAUGUGUAGAGCUGGGGAGCUCAUCUACAUGAGGAUAUGAACACCUUUAGAAUGGUGUAUGUCACAUAGGCGUUACAUCAGCUGAUUAUAUUAUCACCUGCUACAAAAUUAACAUUUCAAGUGAGAAAUAAAAAAAUGCCAGACGGAUCAAAUCAGUCGAUAACAUACGAUUUUUGUCCGUGCUUACGUGAGUAUUUAAUACAUGGAGCUGUCCCUCUAUGGCAGGUUUGAACACAGUCAAAUGUGUAUAAUCUUAUAUUCUAUCACAGUUGCGAAUUAAAACGACCACCGACAGGUUCGCGGAUGAAACCUGUACAUUGCAAUACGUACUCCCCCUGUAUGCAACCUGCAAAAUGGUUGGUCAUAGUGUAUGCUACUUUGCUGUUACGAUUUCCUACAGCCUAUAUCGAUAUCUUCUCUACUCCAUCCAGCAAAAUGUCAGCUUGACACUGACAACGUCAAUUUUACACGUUUACUGGCGAAAGACGUAAACACCACGAAAAAUAAUUACGAAAAAUAUCAAUCUAGACGUCCCUGAAAAUGGUUUUCUUAUAAAAUAAAGUGCAUAAAUUAUGAAAUACUAAAAUAUUCUAGGUAUCUAAAUAGUAAUAAUACUACCAUUUCACGGAAAAAAAUAUUUAAUAACGGUGAAAGUGCAAGUUGAUGUGAGGUGAUAACGCAAAUCAACAAUAUUAAAAAUAGUCUUAUUUGGUACGUCAUAAUGUAUUGUCCUUGCCAAGAGCAGUUGCAGGUUGUACGUAUUUAGUCAAAAUAACAAUAAUAUUGUUCUUCUUGUUAUUCUAUUCGUAUGGGUGUAACUAGGUGUAUCUACAGACUGUGAUCAUUGUAAAAACAACAUGUCUUUAUUUUGCCAAACCUAGCUCAAAUAUUUAACUGUCUUUGGAAGCCUGGUCAGUUUAUGACUACCUGGUAACCCCUACUUGGUCAAAACAUCUGCCUUCAAAUAGCCAAGAUGUGUACAAAUUCCAUCAUGUUUACUGCAUUGCCCCCUCUUUGUAAACAAUUGAAGUCAUGAAUAUAACUUGAUAAAUCAAUCACUUAAUUUGCCUAAACACUUCUGAUAUCUCUUUGUAUUGUGCACUUAUUGUUGUGGUUUGCUAGCUGUUACCCUAAUAGUAUUUAUUGUAUCUUAUUGUAAAUUUGUUACUCAAAGUAGGGCCUCCAAAUUAUAUGGCAUAUAAAUUCAUCAAAAUUUAGGCAGUGAUCCAAAAAACAAAAGUAAAUAAACACAUUUUUAAUUGUAAAUAUCUUGAAAAUUAUGUAACUAGUUUUUACUAUCAGUAUGUUUAUAUCCAGGAUUUAUGCAGGAUGAUCUAAGAUUUAACAUUCCUGAUAUACAGGAUCAUCCCCUUGACAGGAAGAGUCAAUCCUUCAAAUAAGUAGGAUUGGAUUAAGAUUUGGAAUUAUAUUUACCAAUAUAAACACUUUAAUCUGAUUCUAGAAAUUUUAUGGGCAACCUCACACAAAAGCAAAUGUCACUUGUCAAGGAUUGAAAGUUGAUGAUCCUAGACUCAACUAUGAUAUAUAUGCCUCAUACUUGAGAUUAUCUAAAUCCUAAAUAAAUCUUAAUCCUAUUCAGUAUAAAUGUAUUGUAUAUAUAUAUAAUGAUAUAUAUAU